AUGAGUAUCCGUAAUGGUAAUCAUUUACAGAUAGGUAGCGAAGCAUCGCGACACAGCCGUGUUCACCGACGUCGUCGUGCCGUACCAUUCAAUUGUGGCCCGAUCUCAAAUUGCCUCAAUCUUAUCACUUUUUCUACAUCAUGCUGCCUUUUCGUAGUUCACUUUCUCCAGCUACAGAACGAAUCGGAUAUUAGCUCUCUGAAUCGUGAUCUAAUUGCGCUUAAAUUCACCGCGCUGGAAUUGCAGUUGUGGCACAGGAAAAAAAAAUUUCAAUGGAUUCCUUCGGUUUUAUAUGUUGUCAGUAAUUUGCUUGUAUUUAUCGAGAUUUUCGAUUUCAGCGCUUUUUCGAUAGCCAGUACACCGAUAUCGCAGUGCAGCACACUUUCACAGACAUCUUCAAAUCACGAAGUUUCCUUUUCCGAAAAUGGCAACCGAAAUACUUCGUUUCGAGAAGUAACACCAUCAAGAGAACUAAGAAAUCUGUUCACUUCAUUGACUUUAAGCAAAGAUCCGUCGCCUGGUGAUAGUGCACCAGCAACACCUCGACGAAGAGGUAAAUUUUGGAAUUUUCCUUCUUUAAAACAGCUUUUUUUAUCCAAUAACUAA